AUCAGCAAGGUCUUUAUGACCCGUAUUUUGUGCCGACCUCCUAUCUCAUUCGGUGACUUAGAAUGCAUUAACCAUUUGGGAAUGCUGCCCAGUAGGUUUCAGCCUCAUUUUACCUAGCUCCUAUUUAAGAUGGAGUUGCUCUGGCUCACGCGCCUCUGACAAUUUCAUGUUCAUUUUUCUCUUUGAAUUCAUGAGCAGCACUGAAGAGAGUGCAUGAGGUUUCUGGAAAAUACCAAUUUGAAGUCUUUUAGUCCAUAAGAUUCCCUGUUAUAAAUUUCCUCCUCGGCUGAAAAAAAGUAAUGGUUGACCAUAAGAAAGAUGGCGGCCGCAGCUUCUCCCCGGCAACCCGACGCCAUUCUGCAGCAAUCGCAUCGAUACAUUUAGUGCCUGCCUCUUUGCACGUCAUUUCCGGCACCGGCAUGGCGUGGUGAGCGGCCGGCUGCCUUAUUAAGACUCAGAAUUUAAUCAGCCUGGUGAGCCCACUCUGAGGAGAUGGAGUAUCCCUGAGGUGAUGGGAGAGAAUGUGGUCGUUAGCAACAUGGAGAGAGAAAGUGGGAAGCCCGUGGCUGUUGUCGCAGUUGUGACUGAGCCUCGGUUUACCCAGCGAUACAGAGAAUAUCUCGAGAGGCAGAAACUCUUUGAUACACAGCACCGUGUGGAAAAGAUGCCGGAUGGCUGGGUGGCGCUACCAGUGCUGGGAGAGACGCUUCCAGAGCAGCACCUGCAGGAGCUGAGAAAUCGUGUUGCCCCAGGCAGUGCCUGUAUGCUGACGCGGCUCCCGGAUCCUGUUCCUUCAAAGAGGGCCCAGGGUUGUUCACCUGCCCAAAAAUUGUGUCUGGAGGUGAGUCGCUGGGUGGAGGGCCGGGGAGUCAAGUGGUCAGCCGAGUUGGAGGCUGAUUUGCCCCGAUCAUGGCAACGGCAUGGUAAUCUCUUGUUGCUGAGUGAAGACUGUUUCCAAGCCAAUCAGUGGAAAAAUCUGGGACCGGAACUCUGGGAGACCGUUGCCUCCGCACUUGGCGUCCAGCGUUUGGCAAAACGCGGGCGGGUAUCACCGGAUGGCACUCGAACUCCUGCAGUGACACUGCUGCUGGGUGACCAUGGCUGGGUAGAGCAUGUGGAUAAUGGUAUCCUUUAUAAGUUUGACGUGACCCAGUGUAUGUUCUCCUUCGGAAACAUCACUGAGAAGCUUCGCGUGGCAUCCUUGUCCUGUGCUGGAGAAGUGCUGGUGGAUCUCUAUGCAGGGAUUGGUUAUUUUACGUUGCCUUUCCUAGUUCAUGCUGGUGCUGCCUUCGUCCAUGCUUGUGAGUGGAAUCCCCAUGCUGUAGUUGCUCUGAGAAAUAACCUUGAGAUCAAUGGAGUAGCAGAUCGGUGCCAAAUACACUUUGGAGAUAACAGAAAACUGAAGCUCUCAAAUAUUGCAGAUAGGGUGAUUCUGGGGCUGAUUCCCAGCUCUGAAGAAGGCUGGCCCAUUGCCUGCCAAGUGUUACGGCAAGAUGCUGGAGGCAUUUUGCAUAUCCACCAAAAUGUGGAAUCUUUCCCAGGGAAGAAUCUUCAGCCUCUUGAAGUCAGCAAAACAGAGAAAGAACAUUGGCUGUAUCCUCAGCAAAUUACCACCAACCAAUGGAAAAAUGGAGCUACCAGGGAUACUAGGGGAAAAAUGUUGUCACCAGCCACCAAGCCAGAGUGGCAAAGGUGGGCAGAAUCUGCAGAAACUCGAAUCGCCACUCUUCUUCAGCAGGUGCAUGGGAAACCGUGGAAGACACAAAUUCUGCACAUCCAACCAGUGAAAUCCUACGCUCCCCAUGUGGAUCACAUAGUCCUGGAUCUGGAAUGCUGCCCCUGUCCUUCAGUUGGCUAGAGGAGGUGGACCCUGGGACACAUGGGAUCCAUGUGCGAGUGGUCCUUACUGUAUCAGUUCAGUCGAGGUUGUCAUCCCUUUUGUCCCCUGGUGAUCAGUUUUUUUCAUAUUUUGUAGCCCUGAAAGCAGGCUCUAGAUCAAUUCAAAUUAUUUCAUUUGUCUUCCAUUGAUAACAUAGAAAAUGAAAUACCUAUUUGGGAGAAGCAGCAUGGCCCACUGAAAUGAGGCUCAGUUGUGCAAUUAUGAAUUCCAAAUUCUGACCUCAGUUCUGGAAUUGAAGUUUCAGUAUGUUUUGGCCUCGGGUUUUGUUAUUUGCAAAAGGAGAGUUUCUUUGAAUUGUCUCACAUCGCUAUUUAUUAAGCAGUUAUACACAGGACAUUGAUUAUUUUAAGAGUGAAAGACACAGUACUUUUUCCAAAUUGCUCUGGCUACCAUAUAGAAAAUUGACUGGAGGAGGGCCAAGAUGGAAACAGGGAGACCAGUGAGGAGGCUUCUGUGGUUGUCUAGGUCUGAGGUGAUGGUAACUUGGACUAGGGUGGUGGUAAUGGGACGUAGAUGGAUAUGAUAAAUAAAAUUGACAGACCAAGCAAUGGAAUCAGAAUUAAGUCCUUAACAUGAUGGUGCUUUGUUAUUAUGACUAAAUUAGAGAGAGAAGGGAACAAAAAAUAUUUUAGUGUAUUUACAUUCCCUUACUGUGGCAUUCCUAAAUGAUUGUGGGGGGAUGUCUUAUAAAUUUGAUUUGUUGUGGUAGAAA